AUGGCCCAUUCACGAACAUCCAAUUCCUCUCGCAAUGACGAUUCCAGCUCAGGAGAGAUUUCCGGCCGUCGAAGGUUACAGAAAGCGCCGUCCAGUGUCGGAAGUGCUGACAGCCAGGCCUCGAGGGCUCCGUCGAUCCCUCGAAGCGUGACAGAACCGCGUGUCGGUAUGACGGGACGGCGAAGACAGUCCAUUCGCGACCAGAAGGCCCCGGGCCCUGGAAUCUCUGAAGCCUCUGCAAAGCGUAACCGAUCGUCGGGAUCUUUGCACUCCGGAAGUUCUUCCAUUGACACCACCAACGAUUCGACGCGGAACCAUUCCAUCAGCAGCAGCAAUUCUCGCCUCAGCCUAGGAACCUCGAAUGCCGGUAACUCGACCAAGUACGAUGUCAACCAGACUCCUCCCGACGGCCCUGACUUUUUGGCACCGAUUAACUUUGACGACUUCCACAACAGCAUCAUGGAGGAGCCGAGUCUGAACCGCUUCCCCAUGCCGGGUCACGGUGGUGCGGGUUACGACAGCAAUGAGACAAAGGAUCCCUCCUGGUCCAAGAAUGAGGGAAAUCCUACUGUCAGAGCAGCCAGGUCGGGUUCCAUUCGCCGCCAAAGCGACGUAGGCCGUGUCGCCGGCCAGGCGUCGUCGACUUCUUCUACCUCGAUGCCGCCGCCGGCUGCGCCUGCGUCUCGAACACGUCGCCAGAGUCAAGUUUCCGCGCCAUCAUCGGCGUCUGCGGCAUCUCGCCCUCCGAGGAAAUCCAUCGGUCCGGGCACGAUGGCCUUGGACAGUAAUACUACUACUACUACUACUACUACUACUACCACCGAGACCACGGCAAGGAGACGGCCGAGCCUCUCGGUGAGAAAGACGAGCACGGACAAUGGCAGAACAGAUCAGGGGAACGGCGCCCUUCGCCUCCGUUCGCAAAAUCUGGAACCGAACAACGCCGAUGGGGGGAAGCUGCCUGUUAGUUCCCGCUCUCUCAAAGCGAAGUCGCUUCAACCGCCGUCCAGGGAGCCGCAGGAGAAUCUUUUGGCACCCUCUUGUGGAUCGGAGCAUUCGAGAUCGUCGUCGACGAAUGCCUUGCGAGCGCCCGCCAAAAAUGCAACCUCGACGCCGUCGUCUUCGGCCAAGCGAAUGUCCAUGGUGCCUCAUGCCACCGGUCUGGGCGCGCGAACGAUCAGCCCGACGGAUGCGCGAAGGAUGAAACGCAUGUCCAUGAAGCCUCAGGCGCCGCCCAUGCCGAAUACGCCUCCCACCCAGGCACAGCUCGAUCCGGGGACGUCGCGGCCCCGGUCGUCGGCUCAGUCGCCCUCCAUGAUUCCGCGGAAGAGUGUCACGCCGUCCUCCUCGAGGACCACGCCGGAUCCCAAUCGCAAAUCCUACAGCUCGGGCAUUUCAGUGUCAUCCAACACGAGCUAUAACUCGACCCGGAACUCCAGUGGUUCGUUGCAACCGAGACUUUCCCAGACAUUCUCUUCUUCCCGACUGCCAACCCCGAAACCACGGCUGGAGAAUAUCACCGGGGUUACGGAGGAAGAAGUCCCUCCAGUGCCUGCUAUACCCAAGGCCUUCGAAUCUCCCAAGACGGACGGUGACUUGUUAGCACCGCAGCAGACCGCUCGUAAAUCGAGCCUGCCGUUGGACGUCGGAAGACUGAGUGUGGACUCGCGGCGCGAUUCCGACUCCAGUGGGCCGUCGGCGACUGCCAACUCUGCCCAAGAGGACUCGGCGCCUGCAGCAUCCCAUCUCAGAGGAUCGAAAACUCCCGAUGCCAAGGGCAGGCAGGCUGCCGGUCUGGGCAAGAAAAACCUUCAGCCGUUGAAACUGCCGCCAUUGAACCUGCUGCCUCUAAGCACGCCCAUGGCUGCGAAGAUCGAUGCCUUGAAGGACGCGAAUGCUAACGAUGAGACCGGAUCUUCUACACCACCACUUCGCCAGAUGGCGCCGAAGACGCCCAGUACGCCGCUGACUGCCUCCAAGGCUUCCUUUUUCACGAAUAACGGCGACGAUCAUGAGACGCAACCGAUUCCCUUUCCCCGCAGCAACACGUCUCAUUUCUUGGUUAGCAACAAUUCCUCGAGCCAUCGAGCCCCGAGCAGCUCGAGUGCGAUUGUGCCGUUGGAAAUUCCAACGACCAAUCGAAACAUUUCGCCUUAUAUAUCCUUGUCUCUGCCCAAGACGAGUGACGAUUAUAGUUUCAUGCGGCACAAGACUAGCGGAGAGUAUUCCCGCGGCUCACUACAGCUUGGGAAGUUGACCGGCCCUCGGCCUCAGACGCAGUCUUCUGCGUUGUCUUCGAAUACCGAAGUGGGCAGUCGGAUGUCCAGCCCGCCUGAUCUGGAGAAGAGUGGCUCUUCCCUCAGGAAUGAACUCAACGCAGCGACGCUCAAACACAGCAGCUCCAAACCAUCGCUGUCGUCAGAUACCGAGAGCAGCUCCGCCAAGUACGACAAUAUGCCACCCCCUCGGCUUCCGGCGUCUGCGACGUGGAACAAUGGUCUUUCGUCUGCAGCACCACGCACCAGUCCAACCUUGAAACCGGCCUAUCUCCAAGCCCGGCGCAAGUCUUCCAUAUCCAGCUUCACCAACGGCGCACGACAGCCCAGUGUGAGCAGCGAGCAGAGUCUGGCACCAACUCAGAGUUCGUCCACCGACUCUGGCGAUACGGACACGACCCACACUCGGCCCACUUCCUCCAUCUUCUCCCCUGUUCAUAAGAUUAUCAGCUCGGCCAAGUCCAAUGUGGCCGCUAAACCGCGUCCGAUGGAUCCCGACGUGGAUCCGGAUGAGUGGGCUGCCGAUGAGGAGAUGAGAAGGCUCGGUAGCAAACGAAAGGAUUUCGAGGCUGCUGCACGGGAAUUGGACGAGUUGCGCCGCAGGGCCAGUCCGAAGGAGCGUGUCAGCCCCGCACAAGCAUUGAAGAUGGCCAAUCUCAACAUCUUUGAGCGGGGCGAGAUCAUUGACUUCAAAGACAUUUACUUCUGCGGUACUCAGAAGGCCAAGAAGGUUGUUGGAGAUCUCAAGGCUCAAAACCUGAACUUUGGAUACGACGAUGAGCGAGGUGAUUACCAGAUUGUGAUUGGCGAUCACCUGGCCUACCGAUAUGAGGUCGUCGAUGUGUUGGGCAAAGGAAGCUUUGGUCAGGUCGUCCGAUGUGUUGAUCACAAGACGGGAUCUCUGGUGGCCGUCAAAAUCAUCCGCAACAAGAAGAGAUUCCACCAGCAGGCUUUGGUCGAGGUCAACAUCCUCCAGAAGCUGAAGGAAUGGAGCCCUCAGGAUCCCCAACGGCGGCACAACGUAGUCAAGUUUACCCAGAGUUUCUAUUUCCGAGGACAUCUCUGCAUCGCGACCGAACUGCUUGGCAUGAACCUGUACGAAUUUAUCAAGGCGCAUGACUUCAAGGGCUUCUCGUUGAAGCUCAUCCGUCAUUUCACCAAACAGCUCCUGAACACCCUUGUCCUUCUGUAUAGUAAGAAGGUCAUCCACUGCGAUUUGAAGCCCGAAAACAUCCUUCUUGUCCACCCGAUGCGCUCGGAGAUCAGGGUGAUCGACUUUGGAUCGAGCUGCUUCGAGCAUGAGAAGGUCUACACAUACAUUCAGAGUCGAUUCUACCGAUCUCCCGAGGUGAUCCUGGGCAUGUCGUAUGGGAUGCCGAUCGACAUGUGGAGUCUGGGCUGUAUCUUGGCCGAGCUGUAUACGGGAUAUCCAAUCUUCCCCGGCGAGAACGAGCAGGAGCAACUCGCCUGUAUCAUGGAGGUCUUUGGUCCUCCGGAGAAGCACCUGAUCGAGAAGAGUACCCGACGGAAGCUGUUCUUCGACUCCACGGGCAAGCCGCGGGUGACCGUGUCUUCGAAGGGCCGCCGACGCCGGCCUAGCUCGAAAGAUCUCCGGCAGGUCCUCAAAUGCGAUGAUGAGGCAUUCAUCGACUUCGUCGCUCGCUGCCUUCGGUGGGACCCGGCGCGUCGAAUGAACCCCAACGAUGCAUUGAACCAUGAAUUCAUCACCGGGGUCAAGCCCCCGAAUCGGCCACGGUCCAGCGCUAAUCCUAGUACCCCGAUGAAACGGUUGCAACAGGGGACCGGUCCUUCAGUGCCGCGGCCGCUCCCUGACCCUCCCGGCACGAGUAAUAACAAUAAUAAUAACAACAAGAACGGCGCUGUCAAGAACCGAGAUGCCUCAGGUGGCUCUCCCGUGAAAGCGUCGGCGCCUCGGCGCCAUUCGACCGUGAACGGCUUGCAGCCCGCGGCUGGUAAGCGGGUAUCCAACAGCGGCUCUUAUUCGAAUUCCGGGUUGCCGAGAGUCGCCGGGAGGAGCGUGAGCGGAAAGCCCGACCUCGCGGCGGCCGCGGCAGCGACGAGCUUGUCGAUCUUUUUCGUUUCUUUUUCUUCUUCUCUACAAUCGUUACGCCGCAUAGACGGGGUGGGAAUGCUGGUGUUUUUCUUUGCAUGUUGA